GUCUGACAUCGCGCACUUCGAUGUUGUAACACAGUCCGCCAGGCGAGAGGCGAAACCAGCACGCAGUGGAGUAACAUUCCUUGCCGCAGCCUAGAUCAGCUGGGACGACCUAUCUGAAUGUGCACGCAUCAACCAGACACUCGUACACCAGUUGCAAAGAUGUCGGAAAGAACAUACUCUGAAGAGGAAGUGAAAGAAGCGAAAAGAGAAUUCAAUUCGUUGAUAGAAAAGGGUCUGGACAAUGAAACUGUUGUUAAGAGGUUCGACCACAUGAGUGACAAGUACGAUAUGGUGCUGGGUAUGAUGGAUUACAAAAUGCCGAAGUGGAUGGGAGACAGUCUAGCAUCACUGUAUCCUGGCAGCAAGGAGAAGAUCAACAUCCUGGACGUUGCUGCUGGAACGGGGUUGGCCUCCGUCCAGAUGCGGAAACACGGAUUCCUGCACAUUGAUGGACUCGAUCCGUCUGAGGGGAUGCUGGAACAGGCCAAGAAAAACAACUUAUAUGAGCGAUACAUCUGUGACAUUCUUGCAGACAACACGCUGGAUAUUUCUGAUGACACAUACACUGUAGUGACAGUUGUCGGCUUGAGUUCCGAAUUUUUCAAGAAACUGCCCGUCAAGGCCCUGGAGGAGUUGGCGCGUGUUACGAAAUCAGGAGGCCACAUCUUGAUGAGUCACUUCGACUACAUCUUCGAGAGUGAUGUCCUCCGUACGAAUCUCCUCAGCCUGGGGAACCGUGGGUUAUGGAAGCUGGAGGACAAGAAAAUUAUGCCCGAGAUCGUGAAGGGGAUUACCGGUCAUCUGCAUAUCUAUAAAGUUCUGUAGUCCUACACCAGGGGGAAACAAGGGGAUUACCGGUCAUCUUCAUGUCUAUCACGUUCUGCAGUCCUACACCAGGAGGAAACAAGGUGAUGACCGGUCAUCUUCAUGUCUAUCACGUUCUGCAGUCCUACACCAGGAGGAAACAAGGUGAUGACCGGUCAUCUUUAUGUCUAUCACGUUCUGCAGUCCUACACCAAGAGGAAACAAGGUGAUGACCGGUCAUCUUCAUGUCUAUCACGUUCUGCAGUCCUACACCAGGAGGAAACAAGGUGAUGACCGGUCAUCUUUAUGUCUAUCACGUUCUGCAGUCCUACACCAGGAGGAAACAAGGUGAUGACCGGUCAUCUUUAUGUCUAUCACGUUCUGUAGUCCUACACCAAGAGGAAACAAGGUGAUGACCGGUCAUAUUCAUGUCUAUCAAGUUCAGACUACAGAGACUACCACAAAUCUGAGACAGACCACAGAUCUGAGUACCACCGCUAAUCGUUCGGACACUGCAAUCAUGAUGCUUAUAUAUGAUGCAGCUCUGGUAAUUUUUGCCAGGUGGAGAAUGCACUCAAGGGUCAAUGUUUUAUUUGUUUGUUGUUUAGCGCCACAUUCAGCAAUAUUCAAGCUAUAUGACGGCGGUCUGUAAGUAAUCGAGUAUGGACAAGACAUUAUGAGCAUCGAAACCAGCCAUACAAUGAGAACAAUGUGCGUAUGAAUACAAAGGACUGAUUAAUAGAAUGUACUCAGAGAGUCGCAUCACGCCCGGCAUACUUUAACCAAUGGCGAGUGAAUGUCAAUUACUUUAUUGCCAUAGUUGAAGUUGACUGAAGUAAUGACAAGAAAGUGUAUGGAUGACAGCUUUUGUAUUGACACUGCUGCGAUUCUUUGUUACAGAUACUAAAAACAACUGUUGGAAAUAGAAAUAAAUUCUUUCUUUUUUUGCA